GUGUGGCAGAUAGCUUGCCGUUUUGAAUUAAUUCGCGUGGAACGUAACAAACGUUCUCCUAACGCAGAAGAGAAAAGGUUAUAGGGGAGACCCGUUCCUCGCUGGUGGAGUUACUGCGCUUGAUCGUUCGCAAUUGCAGUCAUAUCUAUCAUCCGGUGAAUUUCUGAUCGUGACUAGACUGGUGGAAGUGGAAGACGGAAAACGAGGUGCAACGAUGAGUGUCAGGGUCGUCGUAAGCGUGACGGAAAUCGCAGACAUGAAUCCGAAAGAUCGUUACGUGGUCGAAGAAAUAGCCCUAUCCACAGCCGCCGAGGAUGUGGGCGACGGAAUUCGGGGGCACGAAAACGACACCGAGUCCUUGCAAUUGUUGUCCCAUCUCGAUCCUCCAGUCGACAGUGUGUACAUGAUAUGCGGGGUGCUGAUUGCUAUGGUAUUAGUGGGCGUUAUUAUUGUCCUGCUAGCUAUAACGAUCAGCAAAUUGCGGAAACGGGAGGAUCAUUCAAACACGGUGCAUCCGGAGCCGACAGUGGUUCAGACGGCAACAUCGCCGAUCUCUACCAUCGUCGCACCGUCCUAUUCCGUAGAGGGUUGUUGCACGCAGAUGUCAACGACUACGACAUCAACGGACCUGGGAAAUAACACAGCUGGCGACCAGGAUAAUGUCUACGCCACGACCAAUACGGCAGAUCAAUUCGUCUGGCAGUUUCCGCCUCCUUAUCCACCACCUCACACACCGGCGCAGUAUACGUUGUGCAACGGCCAGGAUACUCUUGUACACGCAUUACCGUCGGAUAGGUCUGGAUUUGCAAAGGGCAUUCGCAAAAACAUUGGGGGGCGCUGGCGUCGCCUGGUGAAAAGGAAGCCGGAGACGGAGACUUGUGCCAUUCCGCCAGAGUUGAAGGAUCAGCUGAAGACGAUAUACGUCUAUUGACGUCCAGGAUCGUUGAGUCGUUAAACCGAUUUCUUUCACGAACCUUCCACUCAGUAAUCAAUGCUUUCCUGUACGUAAGAUAGAAAUACCGUAUCGAAGAACAGAAACGCUGUGUAUGGAAUAAGUGAACUCUCGAAUGUGAUCGUAUGCGAUUGUCCGAGCGAUGGUAUGCUCUGUGAGACAAGAAAGAUAAUCAUAGGGAAUAUGCGUGUAUAUGCGUCAUCGUAUAAUCGUAGGAGGGACAGAAAGAAGGUGUGAAAUUUAAAACAAACGUAAUCACUAUACCUCCGACUAAACAUAUCAGAAAGUGCCUAAAAACCUACCUUCCUGAACAAAUUGAGAGCACGCGAGGAAAAUUAUCCUUCUGACACGUUGCCUAUUUUUGUAAAAAUAUAUUGCAUAAGGUGCACACAUUUCAUGAAAAUAGAGAGGAGAAAGAAACACAGGAGUACCAUUUGUCACCAUAUUAGAUUCUAGAAUAGUUUGCGACUAGACUGCGGAUAUUUAUAAAAAUUCACGAUUCGAUAGAUUUCUUUUGCAAACAGAAAUAAAUACAAAUUUCGUGCCAUCUGUCGAUGGUUCUAUCAGGUAGCAAACAAAAGAAUUUAAAUGAAACUUUCGUGCCAUCUGUUGAUGGUUUUCCUAUCAGGUAGCAAACAGAAACAGUCCACGGAACUUUACCACGAUUUUUAUUUCAUUAUAUUUUGGACGGUUUUGCAUUUUCACGUUACGGACGCAUGAAAAUCCGCAGUCUAUUUAUGGUGAAGCGUAUAUGUGUGUGUGUGUGAGUGUGAAUAGGCAUAUACGAAACUGAAAGAAAGAGUAGCUUUCCGCGAAAGCUUUUGUCGCGCGUGCGUGCAUCAUCGCUCGUGUAUGUAUAUAUACGAAAACGGUAGUAAAAAGAAGCUGUUCGACUUCGAUACGCAGGACGACGGCGCGUCAAGAACUUCAUGAGACUGAUAUGUAAAAUGUACGACAACACGAGUGUCCACAGCUCGUCGCUUUUCAGUACGUUUUUACAUGAUUAAUAGGUGAAAAUCACUUCGAAUCGUUAGUAUUAAUGUAUACCUGAAAAAUAUACGACCGUCGGAGCUGCCCCGUUUUUUUUUUUUUUUUUAGGCUUCUUGUUCUUCUGUGCCCCUUCCGGCAGCUCUGUUGCGCUGUGCAAAUAGAUGUGUACACAGUGAAUCCACCAGUGGUUGUCGCCGCUCGUAGCUAGGCGACGCAUAGACGAGCUGCGGGAACCAUUGGGGCGUCGUGAAACGGUAUGGCCGCACGCAGACCUGGCCAUUUCUCGCGGCCAUCGGUGGGGUCGGCCGAUGAUCGCAGUCAUCGAUUUUUGUUAUACUCAAGAUACGAUCAGAACCGUAACACAAGUGCCUAUCCGCCUCACCAGAAGUGGCUAGGUCGCUCAUUGUGGUCGCAACCACUUAUUUCUGUUAUACAAUCGAAAUUUACCGACAGUACGAUUAAAACGGAAUCAAUGGAAGCGUGGCAGCCAUCUUCGUUUACAUUUGGGUUACAUAAAUUAGAAAUUAAUCAUCGACAGCCCAGGUAGUUUAGUUCGUCAAAGCAGUCAUCUAAAAAAUGAAAAACCCUGGGUUUGACUCUCGGUUCGGUACUCGACUGACCGAUAUUUUUUUUUUUGUUUUGUUUAGUCCUAGAACAAAUACCUAUUGCGCAACAGAAAGUGGCUGCGGGCUUCUCAUUGAAAAGCAUUGAAAGUUAUGACCAACUAGACCUCGACAAAUGGACGAGUCUGCGGGCAGCCUAAUGAAGGCGUAAACUACUUUUAAUUCUUACGAUGGCCGACCGUUAAAGUAAUGCCCCGAGAAUUUCCCACGUUACAUACUCGUUUUGAAAAGCUUCGUGUGUCGAAUUGGGAAAGGGUAGGGGUCGAAUGAAUUGCUGAUUCGUAGCUGCGCUCCGAUCAGGGGGUUCAUCUGACCGUUCUUCGCGACGGGAUGACGUAGCAUUUCGUAGAUACUUGUAACAUAGGCCAAUUUUAAGAUUUGUUAAUAAUAUUCGACAGCUCAUAUUGAGCUCUCCCGUACUACAACGCUAAUUAUGGUAUUUUACUUGUAUUGUUGUAUUAAGCAAUACCCCGUGUCUUUUUGGAAACGUGGCUGAACGUCGAUCGAUCGAUGACCCGCUCAACUAGGGACUAAAACGGCGAAUUCGUUCGAUGCUGAGCCACGUUUGCGCCAGUAGUCAAGCUAUUCGUUUCUAUAUUAAGCGUAUUUCUCGCACGCGUGGCUUUUUUGUUUCCAGACCUCGAUAACAUUAAUUAAUUUAUGCAGAGUGAAUCAAACGGAAACGGCGGAAGACGAUGUGUAAAUAUAUUGUUAACCCCCUCCCGGCGGCGAGAGAUCGCGACGAAAAGUUUGUUUCUCUCCGUUGCACCACGCGAGCCGAAAUAUCGCGUCGCGACGUUCCUUUUACGGCUCGACCCCCCUUUUAACCCUUUACUGUAAUUAUUUUGGUAGAAUGUAAAUACAUGUUACAGCAACUCUUGUUUAUCAGUAAAUGUGAUGGCAUAAUUGAUUUUAUCGCGAUUACGAGUAUGUAUUUUUAAGGAUCAGUAACGUGCCUACAAUCUGUGUACGGUAAAAAUGUUUUUUUUUUUUUUUUUUGUAUGGAUGAAAUCCAGGAUGGAAUUUGUGUAUCCAUCAGCUAGUCACGUGAUAAUAAUUGUUCAGAAAAAAACUUGUACUGUAUACUUUCCGGAGCAGCUUGAAUUUUUCCUCGCGAAUACCUGUCUGAAUACAACAAUAUCAAAUAAAGUAUUCAAAAGGA